AUUGGGUUGAAGCAAAAGCGUGUGAGCGGGGAGGAGUAUGAUGAGUUAAUCGAUGAGUUCAUGGCGGCCGCGGUGAAGCGAUAUGGGCAAAAUACUCUGAUUCAGUUUGAAGAUUUUGGGAAUAAAAACGCUUUCAAAUUCUUGGCUCGGUACAGAGACACGUACUGUACGUUCAACGAUGAUAUUCAGGGGACGGCGUCCAUUGUGGUGGCUGGGUUGAUUGCGUCGCAGAAGAUUGUAGAGAAAACAAUGUCUGAGCAUACAUUUCUAUUCUUCGGUGCGGGCGAAGCAGCAAUUGGUAUUGCCAAUCUUCUGGUGAGAGCGAUGGAGUCCGAAGGCAUGUCGACUGAACAAGCUUGCGAGAAGAUUUGGAUGUUCGAUAAGCAUGGAUUGUUAGUGUUAGAAAGAGAGAAGGAAAACUUGGAUGCGCAUAUGGUUCGCUACGCGAAAGAUAUAUAUCCAUCGAAAGACUUUUUGGCAAUCGUCAAAGAGAUUAAACCAUCAGUGCUGAUUGGAGCAUCGGCCGUUGCUGGAGCUUUCAACGAAGAAGUACUGAAAUCUAUGAGAGAAUGUAACGAACGUCCAAUCAUAUUCGCCUUGUCAAACCCAACGGCAGUCGCAGAAUGUACACCCCAACAGGCAUACGAUGUUACGGAAGGCACAUGUUUAUUUGCGUCAGGGUCACCAUUUCCGCCGGUUCAGAGAGAUGGAAAAACCUUCAUCACUGGUCAAGGAAAUAAUGCGUAUGUCUUUCCGGGUGUGGCUUUGGGCGUUAUUGCCUCCGGAAUUCAUCACAUUUCAGACGACAUAUUUCUGACGGCAGCGCAAGUCAUUUCCAGGAAGGUUUCCGACGAAGAUUUAUCCAAAGGUCUACUGUAUCCUCCGUUGAGUAGUAUUAAGCAGUGUUCAAUCGAAAUAGCUGUUGCAGUGGUUGAAUAUGCUUACAAGGAAGGCAUUGCUUCCAGGUAUCCCGAGCCGGAAGAUAAACUGGCUCUUGUCAAGUCACACCAAUACUGCUUCCGCUACGAGCCAUCACUUCCUGCAACCUGGGCCUGGCCGGAGCAGCAUUUUAAGCCUCACGGAACAUCCAAGGAUCCAUGUUCAAAUAAUAAACAAAAAUAAAUGCAUAGUUGGAAAUGUUUUCAUCUUG